AUGUUGUUAUUUGUCAAUUAGUUAAUGUCUGACUGAUGUCACUGUAAAUAAGAAAUACUUUUUCUUUGUAAAUUGUGUGCUUUCGAAAGUAUUUCUGCAGCAUAAAGUUCUGCUACAGUUGUAGGAUGUGUUUGCUGAUAUAAUACAAAAUAACAACUAUAAUUUUCAGUAGGCAAAAUGAUUGAAACUUGUUCUAAAAAAUGUAUGCUAUUUGGGACCGUCUGUUUAGGAAUAUUGACGAUAGUAGUGCUAAUACUAGAGUCCCAUUUGGCUGACUCUAUGUCUGGGAGUUACAAAAUGAAGAACAAGACAUUCCCUACAGAGAACAAUUCAACAUGUUGGAUGCGACAGAAAUAUACUAUUGUUAGUGAAUGCCAUCCUUGUUCAGAUUUCGAGAUACGAAGUAAGAGCAUAGGAGUAUGUAUACACACAAGUUUCAAAGAAAUACUUAAAUGUGAAAAUGGAGAAACAGUCACAAGAAGUUGUGAUCGAGUAGCAUAUCUUGAAGAAAGAGCUUUUUGGAAGUUCACAAUAUGGUCAUUUGCUAUUGGAGCAGCUUCCUCAACUGCUGUUAUGUUACGAUUACGAGUUCUGAACUAUCAUGCGAAACGAAGAGCAAGACAAGUCCUUAGCAAUGGGGCAAUUUAAUUUAUAAGUAUUAUCCUUUAAUUCUAUUAUUGAUUACUUAAUAAAUUUUAUAUGACAGACUACUGUCUGCAUAAUUGUAUAUGGGCACUAAAAUUGUGUACAGUAGAUGUUUAAAUACCACUAUGCCCAUUUAUGUGAUAAACUAAGUCUACCUGUAAGGCUUAAUUCAGAACGAAGUGAGAUUAGCUACAAUGGUGACUGUCCUUAAUUGCCAAAAGUUAUCAUGUUAUCCUUUUAAUUAUAAUAAUGCAAAAUAUCAUCAGGCAUCAUUUUCAAUUCAUAAUUAUUUUGUAAAUAAAAAACGGACAUUGUAAAAAUAUAAAAUAAAUAUUUAUUAUCAUUCGAA